AUGGGCAAGUCCUUUAACAACGCAGUCGUAGAGCAGGAAAUCACGAAACUGCGCGCACAAUUGUACCAAAGUGCCCAUGACGCCAUGACCUACUUGGACGCAUUAAAGCACGACCUUGUAGCGUACGAUCGUCUGCAUCACUUGCACCAUUCAAAAUCAGUGACGGUGUUUUUCAGCGAUGGUCUUGACCACGCCAAAGAUGCCGUGAAAGCACUUAAGCACGUGGCUGAUCACAUUCACAAAGACGCUCGAGCAAAUGAAUCCCUCACGGUUCGCAGAGCCAUGGAGCAGGCGUUUAAUACGCUGGCGGAUCUGCACAAGGUGGCAAACGCUUACGAUACCGAGCACCGGGCAACCGCUGGCAAGAACACGACGACUUCCGAAACGGCAGAGUGGCUCGUGAGCACUACUCGAGACGCAAAGUUUACGGGCUUUGCCCCGUUACAGAAGCAGAUCGUGGCGGUUCAGUUGGCUACCCAUGAGAUUGAGAAACCCUCGAUCACGGCACUGGCGAAAGAGGCUGUGCACAAUGCAGUGAGCAAGAUUGAGGACAAGAUGAAGGGCGAGGACAGACAAGUGCAUUCUGCCACUAGCGCGUAA